AUGGAGCAGCUCAUUCAAGUUUACAAUGAGAGUCUCGUUGACGAGUUGGCCCACAGGGACGAGUUGGAAUACGAAAAAGAGAUGAAGAACACUUUCAUCUCAUUGUUACUCUCAAUUCAAAACAAACGCCGUCAAUUUGUCAACGAGCGAAAGAGGAAAGGGACCAAGAUAGACCCGCAUCAACUUCCGCAAUUCAUGACGGCAAGUAUUCCGUACAACGACCAUCAGCAUAUGGAUAACGCUACGCUUUCUUCUUUAAUAAAGAUUCUGAGAGCGAUCAACGACGACAGCUCCGUAGUGCCUACACUACUGACCGACUACAUUCUGACG